AUGAAGAAAAUUGGACAAAAAGAGGACUUUCGUUUUCAUGACCGAUGUGAGGACUUACAACUGAAUCACUUGAGUUUUGCUGAUGACGUGCUUCUGUUCUAUCAUGGUGACUUUAAGUCUAUAUAUUAUAUGUUGCAAGGCUUGAAGUUAUUUACAGCUACAUCAGGUCUUCACCCAAAUGAAACCAAAUUGGUGGUCUAUUGUUGUGGUAUGCCAGAAUAUGAUAUACAAAGGGUCCUUGAGGCUUCCAGUUUUAGUAGGAGUCAGAUGCCAUUCAGGUACUUGGGGAUCCCCAUCUGUGCGAAGAAGAUUUCAGCAAAGGAUUGUGAGCUUUUAUUGGAAAAAAUGGUGGCUGUUUUUGAGGGGGCUGGGAAUGUGGCCUGGGAGAAGGUUUGGAGACCAAAGAGAGAGGGUGGUCUUGGCUUCCGAAACAUACUCAAAUGGAACAUUGCAGCUCUCGGGAAAUACAUAUGGGCUGUAGCUACUAAGAAGGACAAUCUUUGGGUGAAAUGGGCACAUCAUGUGAAAGAGAAUAUGCACUGGGCUGUCCAAACUGAAACACUAAGCAACCUCAUGAGAUGGAUUUCUCGAGCUCACUUGAGUAAGUUUCGGAAAAUGGUGUAUGCGGCUGUUGUGGCUGCGGUGGUCUACCAUAUUUGGAAAGAACGGAAUGAAGCUAUUUGGUUACUUCAGACUUACUCAAAGCUUGUAUAG